CUCAGAUUCGGACCCAAAUCAUCCAUAUCCAUCCCAGACCUGAGGUUCGGUCCGAACCUCAACUCUGUGACCCAGUUCGUUGAAAUUUUCGCACUCUUUCGAUCGCUUUAUCUCUCUCUCUCUCUCUCUCUCUCUGAGCUCGGGGAGGAACAUAUAGUCGUAUCUCUCUCUGAUUCAAACCCUAACACUGCAUAAUCCAGCAUUAUCAGAGGAACGCUUACAAGUUUAUGUGAAAGCUCAUCAAAUCAGUCUCGCUGCAUGGUUUAUGAGGCUACGAUCAAUAACCACGCAUCACAAUUUCACUUUAUGGAGUGCAGUUAUAAUGAUGUUAGAAAUAUCAAUCUGUACUGUCGAUGAUUGGGGGCUAGAUUUCUUUCCAUUCUGUUACCUUCAAGUUGGGUUUCGUCUUUUUAUUAUGAGAUUUUUGAAAUAUUCUUUCUUUUUGGUUUUGUUGUAAACUAGGUAAACAGCCAUUGUACACCUCAAAAACAAUUGUUGUUGAACAACAAAUUUUCUUUUUCUAUAAACUCUAUUUUUCAGUUGCCAAGAGGAGAAAGGAUGUUCUCUCUACCUCAUUAAAUUGAUGAAUAAAGAUAUUCAAAAUGUCUAAACACUUGGAACGAGGUAGUUCAGAACCUAUGAACAUAAGUUAAAUCUAAAUCCAUGUUAGUCUAGCUAUAGCAACCUGAAAAGAUAGAGACUGGUAACAGGAAAGAUCUAAUAAAUUUAAACUCAAAAUUCAGUUGCUUUUAAAUGGAUAAAAUGUAACUAUAUUUUAUAGCAAAACAAUAACGGUUAAAUUGCAACUUUUAAGUGGAAUCACAAAGGAGGCUUUUAGGUCUUUUAUUCUUUAGAACUUUAGAGCCUUUCUUCCUCAGAUAUGAAGCCUUAAGAUGGCCAAGGAGGAUAGCUAUAUCUCCAAGUAAGGGGACAAGGGAAAAAACUAUGGGAGUUCAGUUGCCUUCGGGUGGUUUGCUGUCUGGUUGAGGAUAUAUUUGAGGGGUUCCGUCAUAUAGAAAUUCUGAGAAAUCUUAAAUGACCAAAAGAGGGUACCUAUUUUCACACCAAAAGUCAUUACCAGCUGAACAGUGGGGUUGACCAUCUAUGCCUGGAAACGAAGUUGGAGACAGGGUCCACAAUUUCUUUGGCCAAGAGAAUUUGUACCAGGGCCAGCAUCAGUCUCAGGCUGCUGAUGGAAGCUGCGCUGGUCUUAAUAAUAAUCUAUGGGUUCGAAACCAGAGAGAAAUAAAUUCUCCUUUUGUUUCAAAUUUGAAGAAUUAUAAUGCUCAUCAACCAGAUUCUGGAGGACUGGGUCAGCCUUCUCACUCGCUUCAUGGUUUGAACUUCUCACAAUCAUAUAUAACUCCUGAGAUUGGAAGAAGCGAGUCUCAGAAUCAAUAUCAAUCUCUCAAUGGUUAUGCAGCAGGACAACAACUUUUCCAUGCAAGACAGGCUGAAGCAAACUUUUUAGGUGCAGAUGCAGUAUCUGAUAGGCAUAUAACAUCUAGAGGCCUAUCUAUUCAUGAAGCACAAGUGAAUAAUCCUGAAUUAAGCAAGAAAAAUGUAGCUAGGUUGGAAACUACUGAUUCUCCCGUAAAUUUUGAUUUUUUUGGUGGCCAACAGCAAUUGAGUGGCAGGAAUGCCAGUGUGACACAGAUUUUGCCUAAGCAGCAGCCUGGGAAUCAUGACAUGCAGCUUCUGCAACAACAAGCGAUGUUGUCACAUAUUCAAGAACUUCAGAGGCAACACCAAUUUCAGCAGCAGGAAGCAAGACAACAUGGCUCAAUGAAUCAGAUUUCAUCCAACUCAAAGCCGUCAGCAGGAAACCAUUCAGCCACGCUGAUUGAUGGUAUUCCUGUUAAUGAUUUAUCUACCUCUCCUUGGUUGACUGAGCAUAUGGUGAAUAACACCAACUCAUUGCAACAUAGUUUGUCGGCAACAAUGCAGGGCUCCUCUAGUGGAUUUGUAUUUCCUUCUGAGCAGCAACAAGCACUGCGCUCGAUGGGUUUAAUUCCUGAACAAGUUGAUCACUCUUUAUAUGGGGUUCCUAUUUCUACUGCACCUAGUUUUCUAGGUUCAAACUCUCUCAUUCCGACAGAUAAACCUUCUAUGCAGCAGUUAUCUGUCAGUAACGACCCCAUUUCAGGGAACCAUUAUACUGCAUUCCCGGAUCAGGUUAGCAUGCAGGAUGGAAUGGUUGUGAGACAGGAUUUCAUGGGGAGAAGUAUGCUUGGCAUGUCUGCCAGUCAAGGUUUAAAUGGAGGAUUAAAUUCUGAAAACUUGCAGCAUGUGAAUCUCCAACAGAGAAAUACAUCUAUGCAGGAAUUUGGUAGCAGACAAGAUUUCAAUGGGCGAUCAGAGGUGUCACAGGAGAAGACAAUGGCACAGGUUGCUCCACCACAGACUGUGGCUACACUAGAUCCCGCUGAAGAAAAGAUUUUGUAUGGUUCAGAUGACAACUUGUGGGAUGCUUUUGGGAGGAAUGAUAACAUUACGGCAGGUGGUUUCAAUAUGGCAGAUGGUAUGGAUUUUAAUGCUGGAUAUUCCUUUUUACAGAGUGGAAGUUGGAGUGCUUUGAUGCAGUCAGCUGUGGCAGAAACUUCAAGUGGGGAUAUGGGCGCUCAAGAAGGGUGGGGUGGCCUAAACUGUAAUAAUAGCGGUGCUCCAAAUGGUAAUCAGCAAUCUUCCGAUGUUAAUGGCAGUAGAAAAUUGCAACCUGUUUGGGUUGAUAACAACUUGCAGACAAUGAAUUCUCGACAUUCUUCUGUCUCUUCUGCGGCAAAUAAUAGGCCCAACAAUUAUACUAACUCAGCCAAUGCCUUUGGAUUUUCGCAACCGGCUCAUAAACCAUUCUUUCAACAAACUGAAGGUUUUCAGAAUAGCAGGGCCCAAAGUUUGACUCCAUCGUUGGAUGGUGAAAGAAAAUGGAUAGACCGUAAUUUGCAACAUAAGUCACUUGCUGAGGGUCACAAUUUAUCUGAAAACGAAGGUAAUACUUCAAGUGUGGAAAUAAAUGCAGAUAAUAUGUCAGGAUCUUGGCUCCGUCAACAGAAUGUGUCCUCUUAUAAUAGCCAACCAUGUAAGCCUAAUGGUUGGAGCUAUAUUGAACCGAUGUUCUCCCAUGGAGGUAUGAAAAAUCAUAAAACACAUAACAUGUCACAAUCUUCUCAGGGUGGAGAUCAUAAGAGAACUUUAUGUGAAGAGAUGGGUUCUGCUACUUUUAAGCAGAACCAUGAUUCAAUUCCUAACGCAACUGAUGAGUUGCAGCAUGCAAAUCCUGCUGUUGAAAACUCGCAGGUGUACAAUGAAGGUGCUCAUAUGAUAAACAAUGCUGCAGUAACUAAUGCUAGCAGUUUAAGAGAUGACCUAGGAAGCAGGCAACACAAUCCCAUUAAUCGUAAUGUUUCCUUUUGGAAAGAUGCUACUACUUCAAUGGAGUUAAAAGAAAGUGGUUUUGUGGAAAAAUACCAACAUCAUCAUGAUAAGGGCUCUCAAAUGUUCGAAUCACCUGGGAACAGUUGCUUAGAGAAGGGUGCGACUGAAAUGCAUGAGAUUGAAAACUCAAAUACUAGUGAUACACACACUUCUUCUGGAAGCAAACAGAAAGUAGGAGGUAAUACCAUUCGAAAGCCAUCUCUAACUUCUCGCAGAUUCCAGUAUCAUCCUAUGGGGAAUUUAGAUAUGGAUAUGGAACCUUCUUUUGGAACAACCCAUGCAACACAACCACAGGCUCCUAUGCAGCAGAAUUCUCAUGGGUUUAAAGGCAGUGAGCUAAGUCAUUUUAGGCAAUCCAAAUCAGGAGCAGAUGGAAAUUCAAUGGAAGUUGAAAAGAGUGACAUGGGAGCCUUUGGAGAUAUACCUUCCAAAAGAAUGCUUCCACCUUUUGGAUCUCGUUUUUCUUCUUCUUUGGAUAACCUUACAGGCCAUGAUCCACGACAAGUGGCCUUACCGUCCAGCCAAAAUAUGCUUGAGCUUCUUCACAAAGUGGACCAGCCAAGAGAACAUGGUAAUGCUACACAUAGUCCCUCUUACCGAAAUCCUUCUUCUGAAAUGGUUGAAGCAGAAACUUCUGAUGGAUCAGUUGGUCAAGCACCACGAAAGCAGUCCUCUGAUUCUCAAGUUUUUGGUUUGCAACUGGGGCCCCCUCAACGCAUGUCCAUGCAAGAUUCUGCUCUAUCUUCUCAUUGUUCCUCGCCCAUGGUUAUGAGUUCAACCCAUUCUACCUCGGAAACAGGAGAACGUGGUCAUAUGUUGGCUUCUGUAGCCUCUAAACAGAGGGAUUUGAGAAAUAAUAUAACUGGUCCUUCUGGACACAGCGGCAAUAAAAUCCCUCAUAUCAAUGCUCAAGGAAACUUGGCUGCAGCUUCUCAAUCUGCCUUUCCUUAUCCUAGAAGUCAUCUGCACAAUCAGCACCUAGUUGCCAAUCACUCUGCUAGUGUGUUUUCGGAUAAAAUUGGUGUUCAUUCAAGAACUUUUGAUGACUCUUCUGAGCGAGUUGAGAAGAGCCAAAUGGCAUCAACAGAUAUUUCCAGAAGUGGUCUCCAAAUGAACCUAGUUUCUUCUGCUGACACAUCUCACCUUAGCAGUGGUGAUAUAUCUAAUGCACAAAAUUCUUCCCAGCUUGCCCAGGAAUUGGUUUCUGUGCCCAUGUCUCAACAGGAUUCUUUCUCAAAAGUCUCUCCUAAUGAGUGGGCAAGUGUCAGAACCCAGAAACAUUCAUUACAUGCGGAGCCAUCAAUAGCUGCCUCAGAUUUGCUUAAGUCUCAUAUGCGUAUGGACAAUCCAGACAAGAAUUUUUCUGGACAAAAAAAGACUGAUAAUCAAGAGAAAUUGGAACUAGAGGGUAUUUUCCCUGUAGAAAAUUCCAUGAAUAUGCAAAAUAUUAUUGGGGGAGAAAAACAAAUGCAAGAAAGCCCUGACAAACAAGUUUCAGGUGGGAAGAGUGAAAUUUCCUUGCAGGCUACAAGUGCAUCAGGUGGACUGGAAUCAGCUGGACAUCCCUCAUUAGGUGCAUCUCCAUCAAAUUCUAUGGCUACUCGAGCAAAUAUUGACACUUUUGGUCAUUCUCUGCGUCCAAAUAUUAGUCCGCAACACCAUUACUCCUUACUGCAUCAUAUGCAUGCCAUUAAAAGUGCAGAUAAUGACCCAACUAACAGGAGUGGGAAGAGAUUUAAAGGUCCGGAUUGCGGUUUAGAUUCUCAGCAGGUUGCCAUGGAUGGCGGACAACUCUUAUUGCAUGGACACGGUAAUGCUGUCAGAGAGUCAUUGCAUAACAAUGGUUCCAUUUCACAUGUAGAUACAGCAGCGGUAAAUUAUUCAUCAAAGAAAGGGGAUGCCUAUGUAUCAUCUAAUAGUGACAUUGCAUCUUGUGUGAGAGGCGAGCAUCCUCAAAUUAGUCCCCAGAUGGCACCGUCUUGGUUUGAUCAAUAUGGAACCUUCAAUAAUGGGCAAUCUUUAACCGUAUUUCCUGGAUCUAAAAAUGCAUCCAUAAAGCCUUUGGAUCAACCUUUCAUUGUGGAAAAACCUCCUGAUGGUUUCAAUGCUCAAAUUCCUUUGAAUCAAGCAAAUGCUUCUGUUGAUGGUAGUGAGCACAAUAAUUCAAGGGACAGUUUAACUCUCGCAUCGAUAGAACACAGACAUUUGUCUUCUGGUCAAUCAUUGCCACUUGAUUUCAUCAAUGAAAGUUUGUCUGCCGUAAGACCAAAAAAGCGCAAACACUCUGCACCUGAACUGUUACCAUGGAAUGAAGAAAUCACUCAAAGCUUUAGAAGGCUGCAGGAUAUAAGCAUGGCAGACGUUGACUGGGCUCAGACAACCAACCGGCUGAUUGAGAAGAAAGAAGAUGAAGUUGAAAUGAUCGACGAUGGACUGAUAAUAAAACUAAAGAGGAGGCUUAACUUGACUACACAGCUAGUUCAACAACUCCUUCGUCCUCCUCCUUUUACAACUCUCUCUUCAGACCCCAGCUUACAUUAUGAGAGUGUGGCUUAUUUUGUUGCGAGGCUAGCAUUAGGGGAUGCCUGUAAUAUAGUUUCUUCCACAGGAACUGAUAAUGCUUCGCAUCCAGAAAGAAAUCUCCCUUCUGAGAGACCUAAAGCAUCUGGGAAAGCUGGUUAUCAUAAGUUCAUAGAAGGUUUGGAGAACUUCAUGAGCCGGGCACAGAAGAUGCAAGAUGAUUUAUUGAGAGUGGAGAAGAGAGCUUCAAUCUUAGAUUUGAGAGUGGAAUGCCAGGAUCUUGAGAAAUUCUCCGUUAUCAAUCGGUUUGCCAAGUUCCAUAGUCGAGGACAAGUUGAUGGGGGUGAGGCCUCGUCAUCUUCUGAUGUAACCACAAGUUCUCAGAGAUCUUGCCCCCAGAGAUAUGUUACUGCACUUCCCAUUCCUAGAAAUCUUCCUGACAGGGUACAAUGUCUUUCACUUUAAUUAUUAAUUGAUUGAUUUUGUUCACGUCGGCCAAUUAUCUCUACAUCCCUAAUGCUUCUCUGGUCGAUUUUCUUUCAACUUAUAGUCAAUAUGCUUCACAAAUAGAACCAUACAAUUGGGAAUGUCAGAGAGAAAUGAUUUCUAAGUUAUCUUCUUGAAAUCAAUUGAGGCUGUUAGAUAAGAUAUGUGCAAGUUAGGUCCUUCAAUGUCAUUUUGAGUAAUAUAAAUAGGUCCAUUCACACUUAAUGUACAAAAGAAAUUGCAAUGCCCUGUCUUUCUUUCUUUUUCUUUGUUCCUGCAAAUGGGAGGGCAGAAGAAUUGCAGUUGUUUCCCAGAAGUCUCCAUGCAUCCCUAAACCCAGGUAUUAAUUGUACUUGUAUGGGUUUUUUAUUCAUGAUUUAAGCUUUAGCUCUUCUUAUUUGGGAAAAAAAAUUGAGUGUUAGAUGUGGAGACACAGAGUUGGGCUGGACAUUAGUGUGCUGAUAUUUCAAUACAGAUUAUUUGGCGUUACAUGUAAAAAUUGUAAAUCCUGAUCAGUAUUUUAGCUGAAGUAAUAAAAAUAUUAUCAAGUGCUUAUUUUUAA